AUAACUUGGGUCAGCUGUUGCUCACUUUGGUUUGUGUAAAUAAUUGGAUGCGGAGAAAAACUUAUUAUUAUUGCCAUACGCUCUCUAGUCUUUCGCUUUAACACAUUUUCCAUGUCGGACGACAUCAAGAAGUAUUUAGACGGCCUGCUGCAAAAGGUCAGCGGGCUGUAUGUUAUUCAGAUUACGGAUCGCGACGGAGUGCCCCUCCUGCGGGUUAGCCAGGAGAAGAACGUGGACUUCGCCCUGAUGCCCUCGUUCAUACCCACAUUCACCACCGCCUGCGAUCAGGCCAGCAAACUGGGAUUGGGCAGGAACAAGACCAUUAUCUCCAUGUACUCCAAUUACCAGGUGGUCCAGAUGAACAAGCUGCCGCUCAUCCUGACCUUUGUGGGCGCGGAGAACUGUAACACGGGACACAUUCUCGCACUGGAGCACCAGGUCGAUGGCUAUUUGGAGGACAUUAAACAGGCUGUCACCGAGGCCUAAAAAUGAGUUUUUUCAAAUCUCAACUCUCCAUGGUACAAUUCCGGGAAUUCAUUUCAUAUCCUGCGAAGGGUGAUCUCAAAGAUGAACAACAUUCCGAGUCCUCCGUUUUGGUAACAAUAUCAAUUAUGCAAAUUUCAGACACUUUAUUUAAAAUGAAAUAUUCUUGUUGCCUAAAUGUGUACAUUCAAUCAAAUUCCAUCGUAUAGUUUCUCAAUUAUAAUCUACUUUUUACUACACCUUGAAAUCGUCUGUGCUCAAGUAUCACGAAAGUAAAAUAUUUAUAUGUUUGAGCUCAAGGAAACCGAAUUUAAACCAACAUUUUCAUUCAGUGAUGUUAUCUGUUUUAAAAAUACUAGGUGUUUACACUUUAUUCAGAAUGAAACUUGAUGUACUUUUUGCUUAAAUGCAUAUACUGAGUUAA